CAUACCUGAGCGCAGUUGCAGUCGCAGGAUUUUCGUCAUUAGUUUUUCUUUCCAGCCGUUCUAGCGAUUUUCCGAGGAUAUUUUCCUGUAAAACAUUCCCCAUCGGCAACACCAGUAGCCGGACUUUUCCGUGGACCAUCGCCAGGAGGAAUUUCAAUUCGAAUACUCGCCUAGUGCAGUGCAUUUAGAAAACUUGCAAACAGGGAAAAUAUGGGAGGCUUAUUUAGCUACUUCCGUGGCCUUCUGGGGAAUCGCGAGAUGCGAAUUUUAAUCCUGGGACUGGACGGUGCCGGCAAGACAACAAUCCUGUACCGGUUGCAGGUGGGCGAGGUGGUCACAACGAUUCCCACAAUCGGCUUUAACGUCGAACAGGUCACAUACAAAAACCUCAAGUUUCAGGUGUGGGACCUCGGCGGUCAGACCAGUAUAAGGCCAUAUUGGCGAUGCUACUACAGUAACACAGACGCUAUCAUCUACGUUGUCGAUUCUGCAGACAAGGAUAGGAUAGGUAUAUCGAAGGAUGAGCUUUUGUACAUGUUACGGGAAGACGAACUGGCGGGAGCAAUUCUGGUAGUGCUAGCGAACAAACAGGACAUGGAAGGAUGCAUGAGCGUGGCAGAAGUGCACCAGGCGCUCGGACUCGAAGCGCUAAAGAACCGAACGUUCCAAAUCUUCAAAACAUCCGCUACCAAAGGCGAGGGUCUGGACCAAGCAAUGGAUUGGCUAGCGAAUGCGUUACAAUCCCGAAAAUAGUCUGCUAGUAAAGCGCCUUCCUUUCCCAAAAAUCAAA